AUGUGCAUCAACCAAGGAGAUCCCAAAGAGAAGAGCAAACUAGUCCCUAAAAUGGGGGAAAUAUAUCGAAAGAGUUGGUGUGUGAUCAAUUGGCUGGGAGAUGCCACCGCCGGCAGUGACGAAGCGUUCGAUUUCAUCAAUGGAGUAUGUGAGGCUCGUGAGCGAAGUCUCGAAGCGACAACUGAAUUCCUGGAAUACAUGUCAACUUGCAAACGUCUAUGUACAGUAUGGGAAAGCCUAAAGGACGUUGUACAUCGACCGUACUUUUCUCGCCUGUGGAUCAUGCAGGAACUAGCGAUGAGUUGCGACCGAAGCCUGGUCUUAUGCGGUAAAAAGAUCACGACAUGGGGACGCAUGCGGAAGGUUUACCAAUGCCUUAGAAUUCUUGAACGUGACUUAGAGGACGAUAAGUUCAAGGACAUCCUCAGAGACGUAAUCUUGGGCCACGACGAUGUCAAGAGUGCUUACGAACGCGUACCAAACUAUCAUUGGAAAGUCCUUGACGAUUAUCAUGGACUUCAGGACCUAGAAGCGAGGCAGACCGACCACUACCAAAGGUGCCUUAUCACGCGUUGUCGCAUAGCAAAAUGCCAACGCCCACAAGACAAGGUUUAUGGCAUGUUGGCCCUCCUCAGAGACGACCUUGCGUCGCAAAUCGUUGCGAACUACGAACACGACCUUCAGACAGUAUAUGCAGAUUUCACUAGGAAAUGGAUCGAAACUAUGGAUGAUUUGAAUCUUCUCGGUCAUUGCGGUGGGUAUGGCGAUCAUUACCAACGUAAAGAAGCGCUGGAUUGUUCGUGGGCUGUCAAUCUGUCGAAAGAGAUCAAGCAGCAGACAAGCAACUACCACUGUCGUUAUCGCGCAAACGGAGACAUGAAAGCGUGCUAUCGCUUUCAAGAUACCGACCUCAUCGUACGCGGUGUGAUUGUCGACAAGAUCGAUGGGUUCAGUGGGCGGCGUCAUUGGGAUGAUGAUUCCGGUGAGCUUGUAGAUUCCUUAGGAUCAGAGUCCUAUAGAAACCCGUAUGGAGCAGACGCAGACUAUGAAGAAGCUAUCUGGAAGACUUUGGUAGGCGACCGAAAUUAUGAAGGCGACCGAGCACCUGGAAAAUAUGCUUGCGUACUUGAUAUCGCUAUCCUCGACAAAUCAUGUUUAUCAUCCGAUCCUACCAGUAACGGGAACAUUGAUGAGGUUCAAUACAAUCUUCAUCUCUGGUGGAUAAGGAACGCAGAAAUGAGAAUUAAAGGCAAACCACUGGCAUCAUAUCUCGGGAAUAUGGAUAUCUUACAAAAGGACCCGAAGACAUACAAUGAAGCUGCGGGGCGGGUUGACAGGUUUCUGUGGAACAGACGAUUGGUUUCAACCGCUUCGGGUUACGUUGGAAUAAUGCCUCAUUUUAUUCAGAAAGGCGAUAUCAUAGCAGUCAUCGGAGGCUGCGCUGUACCUCUUGUUCUGCGACCACGGUGGCAGCAAAAGCCAGGACGUCUCAAAUACGAGAUACUUGGCGAGUGUUUCGUUUACGGGAUCAUGGAUGGGGAGAUUGAACAGAGCGCGAGGGAAGGAAGACAUGCUCUUGUUGAUAUCAUGAUUUCGUAACCUCCUUGAGUUUUACUGGAGGCGUUCGUGAAACCGGGCUUAUAGCCAGCAUAUCAUUGAGUUUGUUACACUGAGGCCAUCCGGAU